AUGUACAGCAUAGUAUCUUUGAGCUUUCGGCAUAGUCCUCCACAGUGUGACACAGCUGUAAUCGAUCUCAGUGUAACUGUAACCUAUGUCACUGUCAGUCUUUGUGGUUUUGCUUUAAACAAACAUCCAAUAGGGAGAAAAGAAGACGCUAGGGCGAAGUUUCAGAACCCGGAUUUUCGCCCCGAUUUUCACGCGGACUUAACGGUGUCACCUCACGACGGACUCCACUUUUGGCAGUUCAUGAUCGCCGGAUCCAUCGCGGGCUGUGUCGAACACAUGGCCAUGUUUCCCGUUGACACCGUUAAGACCCGUAUGCAGGCCUUGGGCUUGUGCCCCGUCAAAACCGGUACGGUCCGUCAGGCCCUAAAGUCCAUUCUUCAAUGGGAGGGGCCGUCGGCCCUUUACCGUGGCAUUGGCGCGAUGGGCCUCGGCGCCGGCCCGGUCCACGCUGUCUAUUUCUCCGUAUACGAGACCUGCAAGAAGCGUUUCUCUGUUGGGAAGCCUAAGAACGCCGCCGCGCACGCCGCCUCCGGUGUCUGCGCCACCGUGGCCAGCGACGCCGUGUUCACACCGAUGGACAUGGUGAAACAGCGGCUGCAGCUGGGGAACAGCGGGUACAAAGGGGUUUGGCACUGCGCCGCGAAACGUGGUCUAAUGGAGGUCUCUCCGGAUAGUGUUGACGAUGAACGGUUGGUUGUGCAUGCCACCGCCGGUGCUGCUGCCGGAGCCUUGGCUGCCGCAGGUACGACGCCUUUUGAUGUUGUCAAGAAUCAGUUGCAGUGUCAGGGUGUCUGUGGUUGUGAUAGGUUCAAAAGUGGAUCAAUUGGGGAUGUUGUUAGAACAAUAUUGAACAAAGAUGGAUAUAGAGGGCUCAUGCGAGGAUGGAUUCCAAGGAUGCUCUUUCAUGCUCCUGGAGCUGCUAUUUGCUGGUCUACAUAUGAAGCUGGAAAGUCCUUUUUCCAAGAUUUCAAUCAGCAGAAAGACCUGGAACUGUUACCAAAUUGCAUCCAAAUUGCAUUUGAACUGCGCAUGCCACAUAAGCUUUUUGAGUUAUUUGCCGAACUUUGCAGGAAGAGAGAGGCUGAAGAUCACAUUGACAGAGCACUUAAGGCCUUGGGUGAUGAAGAGCUUCACAUAUUAUUUAACUAUGCUCGAAAAUGGAAUACAAAACCAAGACUCUGUUAUAUUCACAGUUUGUACUUUUCAGAGUUUUCAGCAUCUUUCCUCCAACAGAUAUUGUUCAGAUUAAAGGAAUUGGUGAACUUCUUGAAGGCAUUAUCCCAUAUAGUCAGAGGCAUUAUCUCAGAAUAUGAUAUACCAUCGAAAUCAGGCAAUAUGCAUUACAUAAUCCGUACUACGCUCGAAACGUGGGUAAUGUGCGUAGUCCGCAAUAAGUGUGCAAUCCGCACUAUGGCAAUCCAUACUACACUCGAAGUGACUAAUACAUUGCGCAAUUCGUACUACGUGUAUAAUCCGUAG